AUGCCUCGCUCAGACGACAAGAGCAGUUCGAGGCAGCGCCGCCACGACAAAAAGAGACAUAAAAAAUGUCAGCGUCUCGAUUCUGAAUCAGAGAAUGAGAUAGAGGCACGUAAUGAGCGUAAGGCACGUAAAAAAUCGGCUAAGAUGCUGGCGAGUUUAGGUUAUUCGGACGAAACAAAUCCGUUUGGUGACUCAAGUCUAAGUCAGCCGUUUGUGUGGGGUAAAAAGUAUGAGGAUAAAGGCAAGGGUAAGCCUUCUAUCAAGGAGCUUAAAAAGCAACAACUACAACGUGUGGAUGAGAUUCGAAAAGCUCGAAAACGUCGCGAGGAUCGUGAAACUGAACGCGAGGAGAUGGAGCGACUAAAGAGCGAAGAAAUGCGCUUAAAAGACGCUGAACAGUACGAAGAUUGGCAGCAAAAAGAAGAGCAAUUUCACUUGAAACAAGCAAAGGUACGUAGCCAAUUACGAAUUCGGGCCAAUCGAGAAAAACCUGUGGAUCUAUUAGCCAAGAAUUUGCUAUUAGUAUCGGCUAAACACGGCAAAAACGGCGAAGACGAGUUUUUUAAAAAAGAAAUUGGACGUAUACAGGUAGAACAUAGACGACCGCAUGCUAUUGUAGAGAUCUUGUCGAUGAAUGAGCUUACAGAGUUGCAGCACGAUAUUUGUACUUAUGAAGAGCUGGAAGAGAGCGGUAAUGGUGGAAAGAAUGCCGAAUUUUGGCAAUUGAUGAAAAUUGUGUGUGAUGAUCGAAUUCAACGCUUGAAAAAGUCGCAAAAUGAAGGACGAGCAGAUAGAGAGGCUAUUCAUGAUUCGGUGAAUGAAAGUAUCAAGGAAAUGCUGAAGGGGAAGGAUAAAGAAGGUCUUGAAAAGCUGAAUAGUGAUGUAAAAGAAACGAUUGCCAGUGUCAGUAACGGGGCGACAGGAGUGGAUGUCGACUUUUGGCAAGAUGUAGCGCAACAAAUUCAAGUUUAUCAGGCUCGUGCUCGACUGACUGAACUACAUGAAGAAAUGUUGAAUAAGCUAGCUGAUCUCAUGGAAGAGCACGAGAAGAACGCUGUAGACACACUGGCUCGUGCACCUGAUGAUAAAUUACAUGGUGUAGUGGAUGAAAAUGGACGUGAUGCUGGACUUGUAGCAUAUGAGAUGGAACAGUCGUUUGCUUCUAAGGAGCUUGAUGAAUCGGAAGAGAAGUUUGGUGAGUCAGAGGAGGUGACAACAGCCGACUCGAGGACAGUUCCGCGAUGGAGUGAAAAGUACCAGCCGCGCAAACCUCGGUACUUUAAUCGUGUCAAGACAGGCUUCGACUGGAACAAAUAUAAUCAGACGCACUAUGAUCGUGAUAACCCACCUCCCAAAGUCGUACAGGGCUACAAAUUUAAUCUCUUUUAUCCCGACCUUAUUGACAAGCAAACAGCUCCUCGAUUCUUCUUGGAAAAGACCCACUCGGAUGAAUUUUGUAUCAUUCGUUUCUCUGCUGGUCCACCUUAUCAAGACAUUGCGUUCAAGAUUGUCAACCGCGAAUGGGAAUACUCACACAAACGCGGCUUUAAAAGCGUCUUUGAACGUGGGAUUCUCCAACUUUAUUUUAAUUUCAAGCGUCACAGAUACCGUCGAUAG